CCCUCUGAAGGAAACCAUAAAUGUGGUGUGGUCAACACGGAAAAUGGAUUUGACACCCCUGAUUGAGCAAACACAUAAAACCCCGAAAAGAAAACACACGUAGCGCAUUUACAAACUCCACAAAGGAAGGCAAAGAUUCAAACUUUGUAGCUGUGAGCCAGACGCGCUGACCACCAUCAUGCUGCCUGAACGAAACUGUGAAUAUGUCGUCCAAGUGUAAACAAAUCAAAAGUGUGCCGGUGCUGUUUUUUUUUUUUUUGUCCCCAAUAAAUUUCACAUAAAUGUUUUUAAUGCAGCCACGGACGUGGCCUGAGGAUCGGACGAAUGCUCAGGCCAACCCAGCACACCAAUCAUUAUGUAUGUUAUUAUGUAGCUCUGCAAACAAUUACAUAAAGCCCAUACACUGCUGAAUGCAAGCACUCAGCAGCUUACGGCGGGGGAUUUGGUUAAAUGGAUUAAGGGUAGAUUUAAAUUCUGUAUUUAGGUUCAAGACAUGAAAAUAAACUGAGAGUCAGGUGUGUUUCAGGUAUAAAAACUGCAAUGCCGACUUGUCGCUCACAACUCUGAAUUGGACCUUCCUGCUUCAUCUUGCCGCUCCCCCUACAAGAAUGGACUUCCAAAUGUUUGCCGUGGUCAUGCUGCUUCUGGCCAGCGUGGAGCAGAGCAUGGCCAGCUGCGUGGUGGACAGCUUCACCGUCAAACAGGACUUUGACCCCAAAAGAUAUGCAGGCAAGUGGUAUGCCUUGCAGAAGAAGGAUCCUGAGGGUUUGUUCCUUCAGGACAACAUCUCUGCUGAGUACACUGUUGGAGACGAUGGCGCUAUGGUGGCCUCCUCCAGGGGCAGAGUCACUCUGUUUGGGUUCUGGGUGGUGUGCGCUGACAUGGCCGCUCAGUAUUCUGUGCCAGACCCUGAAAGCCCAGGCAAGAUGUUCAUGAACUACCAGGGAUUGGCCAGCUAUUUGUCCAGUGGAGGUGACAACUACUGGAUCAUUGACACCGACUACGAUAACUACGCCAUCACCUACGCCUGCCGCAGCCUGAAGGAGGACGGAAGUUGCGAGGACGGCUACGCCUUGGUCUUCUCCCGCAACCCCCGCGGCCUCCCACCUCCUAUCCAGAGAGUCGUGCGCCAAAAACAGGAGGAAAUCUGCAUGGCGGGUCAAUUCCAGCCUGUGCUGCAGUCCGGAGCUUGCUAAACAUGUCGCAAUCAGCAGCUGGAGAAAAAGAACUUCAUGAGUCAUCGUGGUGGGCAUGAAAUCAAUACACCAUUAAAGCUAACCCAAGAUACAAGAAGAAUCCUGUCUUGUGUAAAAUUGUCAUCAUUGUUUCCGUUGUCAUGGCAGAACGCCGCAAUGUAAUAUAAUGCAGUUGCCAAGAUAAAGAGAGAGAAAAAAAACGUC